AUGGCAGUCUGCCCAAAUGUUAAGUGCAAUUGCAUUUAUAAACAAUCAGACAUUACGAAACAACGUAAUGGGGAAACUGUUCCAGCUACUUGUAGCCAGAAACUUUUUGGUAAACCCUGCAAGACAGAACUUGCAUAUUCUGAAACAAUGUCAUUUGGGAGAAAGAAGUGGGUUGCUUAUAAAAAAUUCCCAUUUUUAGCACCAUCUAAGUGGAUCAAGUUGUUCUUUCAAAAUGAAGAAUUUUUAACUCUAAUCAAGCUGCGACCUGAACCAUCAGCUGAUGGCUCAUUACAUGACUUGUGGGAUGGUAGGAUCUUAAGGGUUUUUCUCAAAGAUCCUAUGAACAACAACAGAUCACUUUUAGAAGAUAAGCGUAACCUAGCAUUGCUAUUAUAUCUUGAUUUCUUUAAUCCUUUCACACGUGCAAUUCACUCCAGUGGUGUUCUGUGCAUGACAGUCCUUAAUUUACCAAGAUCUGUGCGCUAUCAGAAAAAAUGGGCAAUGUUAAUUGGGAUCAUUCCUGGUCCAGAGGAAGCUCAAUGCCAUAUUAAUAGCUAUCUUAAACCAGUUGUUAAUGAUCUGCUUUCUUUGUAUGAGGGGAUUGACAUCAGAGUUUCUGGUAGACACAGUGAGCAGUUUACUAGCCGUGCUGUUCUUCUGCCUGUUUUGGGUGAUAUUCCUGCAUCACGGAAGCUAUUUCACAGUUUCUAAGUUAUAAGGCAAACAAGCCCUGUGACAAGUGUCAUAAAACUGCCAAACGUGAACCGGGAACAGUUGGAGCAUCGGGCAGAAUGUCUUUUGUUACCGAGAAGAUGCCAAGGAAAAGGACGGACAGGGAAGUGAGAGAUGCUAUGGCAAAGUACCAGAAAUCUACCAGUAAGCAUGCUGCAGAUAGUUUGGCAAACCUGGUAAGUGGUGUACGUUACAGUGAACUAUCCCGUCUUUCAUAUUUUGACAUGGUAGAGAAUUUUCUCGUUGAUCCUAUGCACAAUUUGUUUCUUGGUCUUGUGGAAGAUGUUGGCAACGCAAUCAUCAUCGGUGAUGAAAAAUUCAUAUCUGUAGAUGGACGAGACGUCUUUCAGGAAAGGAUGAAUUCCAUGAGGCUUCCAUAUGAUGUUGGUCGUCUGCCUUAAAGACCAUGCUCCAGAAAAGGUCAGGUCGAGGGAUAACUGCCCAGCAAUGGAAAAAUUUUAUUAUCACAUUUGCGCGUGUCUGUCUGUGGAAAGGUGCAGGUAAAGAUGCUUAUAGAAUGGUAUCCACGCUAGCUGAAGCCUGUGAAAUUGUCUUGAGAAAUCCUCUUGAUCAGAAUGAUAUCACUCACUUGGAAAAUCUCUUACAACAACACCAUCGCCUGUAUGCAAAAAUUUUUGGUGAGUACUCUGUCAGUGUAAACUACCACAUGGUUCUACACUUACCAGAACAAAUCUUAAACUGGGGUCCUCCUACUGCCUGGUGGUGUUUUCCGUACGAAAGAAGAAUUGGGGAACUCAGUGACACCCUAACGAGUGGAAAAUCUGUUGAGGAACAAAUAUUCAGUCACUUUUUUCUUCAACAUUGUGCUGACCACUUGCCUCUGCCCGUUAUUCCAGAAACCAUACAAACUCAAAUUCCAGCUGCCAUCUCACAUCUUCUGGAAACACCAUCAGAUAGCAUUUCAGAAAAACUUCAUUUUAAUCAACUGGGAAGAGAUGCAGAAGAUUUUUUCAAUGGAAAGGUAAGUUCUAGGUUUUCUUUGUUAAGUGCUGGUGACCCAUUUGUGGUUGUUGAAAUGGAGGAAUUUCUCCCAUCCUCGUGGCCUGUUGUUUUGCUUCCGCCCAAGAGAGUAAACAAGCGUGUCCCGUUAUCAUUUUUAAAAGACCUCAAGGUUUACUUCACACAGCUGUACAAAGAUGCAUUUAUUUUGGUAGAGCCUCGCAUUGACAUGUUUGCUAGAUGCAAGGUGAAUGGAACAACAUUUUCCUCACAGUUUAACAGAACAGAACGUGGCAGCACUAUACUUGCAUACUGUGUAGACCGUGAUAUUCAAGGUGUUGAAAGGGUCUCUUCCUACUUUGCACAAGUAAUGUUCUUUUUUUCAGCCACAGUUCAUUUUUCGCAAGGAGGGAAUUCUAGAAGAAAGACACCUAGUUUGGCAUAUGUUGACUGGUAUCGUUUUGCUAACCCUAAUCAUGGUGUGGAUAGUUCAUCUGGUCUUCAUGCUCUUUCUGGGUUGUUUUACAAGCAAGAUAACAUCAUUAAUGUCAGGCGUUUGAUUCGUAGGGUAGUUUUAAUGCAGGUAAGGGCUUUUACUACUACCUUGUAG